UUGAAAUAUAGAAUAUGCUCAAUAUGGCUUAAUUAAAAUAAAUUUUCAUAUUAAUUCAGCGUAUUGCUUCAACUCAUUAUAUAUUUUAUAUCUGUUAUUAUUCCAAAUCAACUCAUGAAAUAGCAAUGGAAUUUGCCACUUCUUAUAAAUCUCCAAAUGUUGUUUAUGACUUGGAUACAACAGGCGGACUUAUGGAAGAAAUACAAAGGAUAAUAGCUCCACCUAAUUAUGAUAUAAAGAAGGAUAAAAAGGGUGGAAUAUCUAACUAUGGCUAUAGAAAACCAAAAGCAAAUAAUCAUGAAUAUUGUGAUAGUUGUUUUGAAGGUGGAGAUUUAAUUUGCUGUGAUAAAUGCCCUGUAUCUUUUCAUUUACAAUGCUACGAUCCACCUUUUUCUGAGGAAACAGUGCCAAAAGGAUUUUGGAUGUGUAGAAAAUGCAAAGCUCAAUCAGAGUUGUUAAAAAGCACUCUUCUUAAAUCAAAGCUUAGUACAUAUUCAAAUUUACCCAAUAAAAGCAACAAUAAUAUUAAUAAUCAAAAUGAUUUGAAUUUUGAUGUAAACACUUUUGAUAAACUUGGCAAUAUUAAACUUUCUAAAAAAGGAAUAUGUGACAACAAGGAUAGCUAUAAUAAAAUUAGGCCAAGAACACCACCAAACAAUAUCAUUAAUUCCAAACCAAAUUUUACUAUUAUGACAAACAAUAUUAUUACUGCAAAUAGUGUUAAAAAUAAUCUUGCAUCCCAUCAAAUAAAUAAAAAUUUGCAUGGUAAAAAUAAUUUACCAUUGCCUAAUUUAUAUAAUAAUAAUAAUGCUAUAAAUCAAAAUUUAAUGAACAAUAAUCUUGACAAUAGUAACAAUGCCAAUAAAUCUUCAGAACAUUUCCCCAUAUAUAAAGAAGUAUUUUUUCCAGAAUUAUGUUUUCCGGAUCAUAAUUCAGAAUAUUCAAAAAUAUUUGGUGAUACUUACCAAAAUUAUAAAAACAAAGAAAAUUCAUUCUAUCAAGAAUUAGAAAAAAAAAUGGAUUAUCAUAAAUUACCAUGCAAUGAAUCCAUAUGCCAAGAGGAUGUUAAAAUCAAAUGUAAAACACUGUUACAACCAAUAGACAAAUUGAUACAAGAAGCUCAAAUGAGCAAUCCCACGGAGUUUAAAUUGCCAAAAAAUUUAUCCACUUGCCCUUACAUCUUUCCUGGUUAUACAAAGGUUAAAACUAUAUACAACGAUGUAACUCCAUUUGCCACGUCCAACAACACCCACACUCAUUUACUCACAGACCAUCACCCUAACUGUCUUCCACCCUCAUUCAGCUUAAAUCUUAACAGCUCUUACUCAAACCCCACUAUCAAAUCAAGCGAACCAAACAAUGGACACAAAUCCAUAUCCUCUAUCAAGGAAAUCUCAAAAUUUUCGGGUAUUAACAAUAGCAGUUUAGAUCAUACUCGCUACACCAGAAAUAAUCACCAAAAUACACAGUCCAAUCGGGUCACCACAGAAACAGACGUAUUCCAAGUUACGCUGCCACCUAAAUUGUGCUUUGUUUGCAAGAGGAGCUGCGCCAAACAGAUGCUGUUGCAAUGCGAUUACUGUCCUCUAUUAUUUCACAUGGAUUGUCUGGAGCCCCCUCUGACCUACGUUCCGCCCAACGUUCAAUGGAUGUGCCCCAAUCACCCAGAACAUUUGCUCGAAAAAAAAUAUUGGAAGGACAGCAAUUCUUUGACUGAUCGAAUCAAAAUUUGGGACAUGAUAUCGGAUUCCGCUUUUAAUAGAAAUUCCGGAGCCGAGUUAAGUGGUUCCUUCGCUUUUAAACAGAAAUUUCUGCGGAAAGUUAAUACCAAGUACCCUCUUUUCAACCGAAAAUUAGCUGUUCGACUGAGGCCUAGAGCUUUUAUACCCAAAGAUAUAGAAGAUUUGUACGAAAGAAUAGAUAAAAAUAUUCACUCUCACCCGUCUCCUACUCCUCAAAAUAUAAAGAAAACUUCUGUUAGAUCACCUAUCACGAAUUCAGAAUAUACGACGGACUACGAUAUGGAAGAAGCCGCUAAAAGUUGUUCCAUAAAUACUGAAUUCGAUUCGAAAAUCCCGAAUAUUUUACUCGAUGACGGAAGGUCUACUGAUAGAUUGACUUCUGAUCAAGAACAAUUUAUCUCUUCUCUCUUAUCCUUACACCACAAAUACGAACCUUCUACCCCUUCCCAUCCAAUCAAUUCCAAUUCAACGCACUCGGCAAAUAGCCUAACACUCUUGAUUCACAAGCUUUUAGAUGAUCUUAAACCUAAAUCUUCAAUUCUGCCAACUUCGUCAAAGAUCAUCGAUCCAUUGCAUUGUUUUAGCCCUACGUUGUUAGUCAAUGAAUCACGUUACGAACAUGUUAGGUUGACCGGUAAACUCGCAAAUAUGUCUAAUCGACACGAAAAUCUUACUGUUGUUAACUGCAUCGAUUCACACUCCGAUAUUCGACCGACUAAACCGAAUACUUUAAAUUUCGCUGAUAAAAAAAUUUUCGCCAAAAUUCCGCGACUUAACCUCCCCCAAAAAACAAAUCACAUUAUUUACGAUAACCUACCCCCUAUGAACGUUAAUCCUCGUCUUCCUCUAGGCGAUUUAAACCCUAGUGACGUAGAGGGUGGAGCUUUCAGACUUUUGAACGGGGAUAUUGGACAAAUUACUAAUGGUUACAGAGAAGACAGGAUAGAUUUUACUACGUUUGAUGUUCCGGAGAAUCAAAUUACAAUGAAAAAAAUUGCCUAUAAUAACUGUAACGACGAUUCCAAAAAUGUGGCCAAAGAAUCGGUUAUAGAAGCUGAUAAAGGGAAUUUCGUAAAUCAUGUCGAAAAUAUUUACCAUGGUUGGAAUGGAGAUGUAUUACGGGAGGAAGAAUCAGACAAUCAAAAAUCUAUGCCAUUCAAACAUAAAUCGAAUGUUAUCCUUGAUCAAGAGUAUUUUCUCAUUGGUUCAGGUCAGGAAAAUAAUCUCAAUGCAUCGACCUUUAAAACAUGUAAAUUUAUAUCCACCAGGCAUUGUUGCAUUUUAUAUGAUCAAAUCUUGAAUACUCAUCAAUUACUCAAUCUUAGCCCUUACGGGACCACUUUAAUCAAAGCUUCUGUCAACUUUUCAAAUUCAACUCACACAAACUUCAAUGAUAAUCACACCAAGACUCUCAGUUUUUUAGAACAGGGGCUUGGACCGUCUUGUUAUUGUUUAGAUCUCGAAAAGGAUUACAGUUCUAUCACGGCAGAAUUUACUACCGACAGUUUUGCUACAAAUCAAAAAAUCUUAGCCCUUUCCUCGAAUGGUUUUCCCACUGACCUACAAAGUGGGGAUAUUAUUAAAUGUGGUUGUAUACACUUUUUAUACACUUAGCAUCAUAUAAUAAAUUUUGCCACCCCCAUUUAAUUACCUUAAUCUAGACAAAUUUUGGUGUAAAAAUCCUUUAAUUAUAAACGCACACUGCUAUUAUAGAAAAUCGCGACAUCUUGAUAUCUUCAAUUUAUAAAAAAUUAGAAUCCUAACCUACCUCCCUAAAUGAAAUAUUUUAAUUUAAGAUUUUAUAAUAUAUAAUUUUAGCAACUCAUUAUGUUAUUUUCUAUAGUUUUUUUUAUGCCUUACUAUUUUACACAAUAUUCUAGACAUUGCUACUGCCCCUAUACGUUUCCCCAAAAAACUUACAAUUUUUGAAUAAUUGUAAAUAAUGUCUUGAUGUGAUGUACUAAUUCUUUCUUUAUCUGUGCCUACUUAUUAGAAAAAAAACAUAUUUUUCUUUA